AUCUCAGCUUCCCCUGCUGGUGGGAUGGAUGGUCCAAUCCAUGACACUAAGAGUCGGCUGAACCCCGCCGAGCUAUCGGCAAUGCGGACGGUUCCGUGGUCAUCUGUCCCUGGCCGCUUCCGUUGAAAUGUGCGAAUGGAAAAUCUGGCAGUGUUCUGUCGAGCAGGGAAAGGCAGGGCAACAGCGUGUGGGUACGAUCAAACUCACAGCUUCGGGCUGGCGGCCAGGAAAGCCCGUCUGGUGACGUCCAGCUUCAGGUCGCGCAUUCGGCACUCGGGGAACACCACUUUCACCACGAUGUGCGUGCAGUCCUGACAAGGUUUCGAUUCCACGUUCAAGUGUUGCAUGCCGCAUACGUCAAAGAGAACCACCAACAUGGGACUGCUGUUCCGUACCACACUUGUGAAGGAUCGGCGAGCGUUCGGUAUGGGCGACCGUUCUGCUGUGCAAGAGUUCGAAGCACCGCGACGGCGGGGGGUAUGCCCUUCUGCCUGUUCAUGUUUUUUGUGAUCGUCGGUCUACUAGUCGACCCGCUUGUGGUACAUCCGCAUGCUUUCAGCCGGGGUGAGCAAAGCUUUUGUGUCGGUAUCUCCUCGUUGCGAAUGGCCUGCGUGCUCACGCGGAGGCGCGUGGUAAAGGUUACUUGCUGCACAGUAAACACCCCAUAUGUGCUCAGCAGAGAAUCUCAAAGGGUACCGUAUUCUACUCUUCAACCCACCUGGGACCCCGGGG